AUGCGUAUCUUCAAGAACGGUCGAGUGUUCACGUCGGCCCGCGACGACGAUACGCUGCACGACGCGCUCGUCGUCGACGGCGACCAGGUCGCGUUCGUCGGUCCGAACCAUGAAGCCGAGCGUAUCGCUGGCUCCCAAGCCGAGGUGGUUGAUCUCCGAGGACGCGUCGUCCUCCCCGGCGUCCUCGACGGACACAUCCAUACUCUUCAAUUUGGCAGUUUCCUAACCCGAUUCGUCUGUCUCGGCAAGACGGCUGCCGAGGUACAGGACCUUGUGCGCCAGCGUAAACGCGAGCAGCCCGAUGCAAAGUUCCUUCUCGGCGCAAGCUUCUUAUACGACACCCUGGGCGUUUCGCCCACCAAGGAGAUCUUGGACCAGGCCGAGCCCGACACACCCGUGUUUAUCGACAGUGCAGACCUGCAUAGUUGCUGGGUCAAUUCUGCUGCACUCAAGGUUCUUGGAAUCACGAAGGACACGCCCGACCCGUCGGGCGGCGAGAUUGAGCGCGACGCAAACGGCGACGCUACGGGAUUCCUCAAGGAAAACGCCUUCCACACCAUCGUGUGGCCGUACCUCUCGGAAAACACGACUAAGGAUGAACGCAAGGCAGCUCUCAAAUUGUCGUUUGAGGCGUUCGUCUCCACAGGCGUGACGGGCGGCGUCGACAUGGCUAUGAUGGAAGACAGCCUCGAAGCGUUGGAGGAGAUAUAUGACGAGGACGGCCGCCUGCCGAUCCGUAUCAACGCGCAUUGGUUCAUCAAUAGUCUUGGAACGCAGGAGGACCAUGCGAAACAAGUCCGUCGGGCGGCGGAACAUCGCGACCGUCUGAAAGAUAAGGCAAAGUGGCUCAACGUCAUUGGAAUCAAGACCAUCUCGGACGGCGUCGUCGAUUCAUGUACUGCAUACAUGAAGGACCCGUAUCCCGACGGCAGCAAGCCCGGACCCAUCUGGCCCAAGGAUGACCUGACCAAGGUCUUCAUCCUUGCUGAUUCUUUAGGUCUCCAGAUCGCAUGCCAUGCCCUGGGCGACGCGGCGAGCGAGCAGGCCCUCGACGCCUUCGAAGCUACCUACGAGGCCAACGGGCCCAAGAACAGGCGGCACCGCAUGGAACACCUCGAAAGCAUCACUUCCGACAGCAUCAAGCGGCUCACGAAACACGGUAUCGUGGCCAGCUUGCAGCCCCUCCACGCCGAUCCGGUGUACAUGGCCAACUGGCGUAAGAUGCUCGGUUACGACGAGCGUACCGACCGCGCCUUUCCUUGGAAAGAGUUCCAGGAGGCCGGCAGUCUCAUCAGCUUCGGUACCGACGCUCCAGUCGCACCACACCACCCCUUCCCGAACCUCUACACCGCCACCACACGCAGGUCGGGCGUCAACCCUAAACUGCCCGACCCUACCGACCCACGGCUUAUCGCGAUGGAGAAAUUCUCAUUCCCCCUCGCCGUCAGCAUCCGGCAUUAUACUGCUGGCACGGCGUACAGCACGUAUCAGGAGGACGUGUAUGGUAGCCUCGAGAAGGGGAAGAGCGCCGACUUUGCGAUUGUGAAUGUUGAUCCGUUCCGGGACGGCGUCAACACCCUGCGUGAGGCGCAGGCUGGCGUCGACGAGACGUGGAUCGGGGGUGAGCGUGUGUGGCAGCGCAAGUAG